ACAAACUCUCAGUAGGGUUUUAGGCUCCCUUCAAUUUGGGUGAAACGAUAAACCAAUAAACCCCAUUUUCCUCAUUUCAUCCAGCACAAAAAUGGCUAUCGCCGCCGCCAGAUCCGUUUUCCGGUCGUCAGCUGUCCGCAGCGCCGCCACAAGGCUGGGGUCGCAAGCGAAGUCCGCUCCCUCCCCCUCCCCCUCGCCAUUCCGCCUCCCCUCCAGAACGCCUUUACUGGCUCCUCGCAUCUUCCGUUCACCUGCUGAAUUGUGUGCGUGCGUGGAGUCGAUGCAGCCGUUCCACACCGCCACUGCCUCAGCGUUAAUGACAUCGAUGCUCAUCGUCUCUCGAUUCGGUUACGGUUGGCUCGCUGAAGAUUGCAAUGAUGAUGUGUGAUGAUCUUGAUCUUUGGAAGCCAUUGGAAAAUAAUUGUGCAAAACCUUCUUCCUUCUAAUCAUUGUUGUGAAGUGAAGAAAGUCUUGUUUGAGCUUGAGAAGGCCCAGUUUUACUGUAUUCAGACAAAAGAAUUGUCAAAUGUUGCUUUUUUUUCUUUUCUGGUUAUGGAUAUGCCCAAUAACUUUCUGAUAUUCGGAUAUGUAGCCGGGAGACGAUAUUAGCAUAUUUCCAGAUCAUUCCCUGUUUGCUGUUUUUGUCUCGAACAUAUUUCCAGUCGAACACUUCUUGUUUUCAAAGUUGCCAUAAGUUAAAUGAAUCUCGUUUUUUUGCCAGGUAUUGAUGAUGCCAUAAGUCAA